AUGUCACAGUCCCCAAAACCAUCACAAUCACACGAUCAACCAACAGCAUCUUCACCAGACAAUGCUAAGCCUGAAACUACCAAUGUCGAAGACAGCAAUUUGUCACACGAUCAAACGAAUCAAUCACAAACAUCAUUUGAAGGAGACGAAGACAACAAUCCAUUUCUGCAUCAUCAAGGACUAAGCAGCUUUAGUCACUUGCAUUUGAACAAUAGCCACAAGGAACAAACACAGAACGAAGGGGCCAGUCCUCUGGACGACGUGGAUGAGUCAAUGCUACUAUACAAAUCAUCCAAACUGGAUAGAUUAAACAAUAACUCUGAAUCAUUCAAUACUGUCAAUAUGAAUUUUGAAAGCAGAGUCACUAAAUUGCUCAAACCCAAGGUUAGUGUAAAGAUACAAAUCACUGAAGCCGGCAAUUCAAAUGAAGGUAUGACCAAUUCCCUGAAAAAAUACAUUGUCUACACCAUCAAACUUGUAAACGUGGAUAAUCGUAACGAUGAAGUUUUAACAAGAAGGAGAUACAGUGAUUUUGAAAGCUUACGUGAUGUUUUGACAAAAAUUUUCCCCUUGGUUAUUAUACCACCCAUACCUCCCAAAAACUAUUUUGAUUUUUCAUUAUUUAAUGGAUUUGUUGGACAGGGAAGUAUAGGAUUUGGAUCAAAUAAUGGGAUAACUGGAUCCACUACGCAAGAAAGAUCAAUGGGUAAUGGUGGUGUAGUUUCAAGUGCUCCUUCGAGUGCCACUCCUACCAAGGUAAAUGUCAACAAUAACCACACCACUGUAUCAACAACAAAUAACUUAACAAGUCCUUCAUCAUCAUAUGCAUACAUCAACUCCACCCACUUGGCCAAGAACAAAUUGAUUGAACAUCGCAAACGAUUACUUUCCAAUUUCCUCAAUAAUUGUCUUGAAAUAAAACAAAUUCGACAACUUGAAUUUUUCCACAAGUUUCUUGAUCCCAAUGCCAAUUGGUCAGAUGAAAUCGCCUUGAUCCAUAGUCAAUUACCAAAAUCAAUAUAUUUACUGAACCCAGAAAAUGGGUUGAAAACUGAUGCAAUUUAUGCCAAUCUACCAAAUCCAUCAUCAAGUAAAAGUACAAUGAGCUUUUUCAAGGAUAACGGUAAGCGAAUAACCAAAAAGACAAACAAAUUGAUUGGCAACAGUAUUAGUAAUAGUGCUAACGCUAUUGCUGCAGAAGCAACUGGAAUAAACCCAACACUAGAUACGGCAUCUUCCACCACUGAAGCUUUACAAAAGAAGAAACAAAGUGAAUAUAUUGUUGACACUUCUGGAUUGGAUGAAGUGAACAAGAGAAUUACCACAAACUUUAUGGGUCUUUCAAAUGAUUAUGCCGAAUUGGGUAGUAUGUUUAAUUCGUUUUCCUUGAUGUUUUCGGAAACGUUUCUGCUGAUGCUGCUGCAAAGUGAAGAAGAAGAAACGGAGAGACGACAAAGUGGCGAUGGCGCAGGAGGUGGCGGUAAUGGUAGUGGUGGUGGUAGUGGUAGUGGUAGUGGUAGUGGUAGUGGCAGUGGCAGUGGCAGUGGUUAUGGUGGCGGCGUCGGCGCCGGCGCCGGCGGUACUUCUGCAACAGUUACUACCCCUGUAGGUGAUUCUAAAGUUGGUGCUUACAAGUCUAAUGACAAUGAUGAUGAGUUGAACUUUAUGUUUGAUAGGAUUGGCCAAUGUUUUGAUCGUUCGUACAUUGCAAUAAACUCAUUGGUUGGUGAAUUAGAAACACAAUUUUCGGAACCAUUGGGAGAGGCAGUACAAUAUACACAAAUAUUACACUAUGUGACCAAAUAUCAGACUCGCAAGCUAACGCAAAAGCAAAUGUUGGAUGAUGAUAUCAAGCACAAGAGGAAAGAGUUGAAUCAAUUGUUGAAGAUUGAACUGGAGGCAGGCAUGGUUGAACAUUCGAUUAGACAUCAACAUAGUAACAACAAUAAUGUUGAGUCAAAGUUUGAUUUAAAAAAUGAUGCAACAGCCAAUUCUAAAACUCACAAAUCCGCCCCUAAUGGAACUUCAUUAACUCAAGAGUCGAACAAUGCAAGUAAUUCAGCUGCUGAUGCUGCUAUAUCCAGUGGAUUAUUCAAACUACCAAGUUUUAAAUUUAAGAAAUUAAGUCGAUAUGUGAGUGAAAUAAUUGACCAAAACCCUCAACAAACUAGACGUACAAAGAUUCACGAAUUGACUGACAAGAUAUCGGUGUUGGAAAAGUGUCAGGAUAUCAUGCUUGCUGAUUUGUCAUUUAUAUAUGAUGAAGUUGACAAGAAUUUGAAGCAGUUUCAAAUUCAUCAAUUGAAAAUGAUUUAUGAGAUUUUACUAUAUUAUAAUCAAGUAUUGAUUGGAUGGGCGAAAAAGAAUAUUGAAAUUUGGCAAGAUGUUAAGGAAGAAAUAGUAAAGUAUUGA